AUGGCUUUCGCCAAUUUCCGCCGCAUCCUGCGCCUCUCCACCUUCGAGAAGCGGCGGUCCAAGGAGUACGAGCACGUCCGCCGCGACCUGGACCCCGGCGAGGUGUGGGAGGUGGUGGGCGAGCUGGGCGACGGCGCCUUCGGCAAGGUCUACAAGGCUAAGAAUAAGGAAACUGGUGCUUUAGCAGCUGCCAAAGUCAUUGAAACAAAGAGUGAAGAUGAACUGGAGGAUUACAUGGUGGAGAUUGAAAUACUGGCGACCUGCGAUCAUCGGCACAUCGUCAAGCUGCUGGGAGCAUUUUAUUGGGAUGGCAAGCUCUGGAUCAUGAUCGAGUUCUGCCCGGGUGGGGCGGUGGAUGCCACCAUGCUGGAGCUGGACCGGGGCCUGACUGAACCCCAGAUUCAAGUGAUUUGCCGCCAGAUGUUGGAAGCCCUCCAUUACCUGCACAGCAAAAAGAUCAUCCACCGUGACCUGAAGGCGGGCAAUGUGCUCCUCACCCAGGAUGGGGACAUCAAGCUUGCUGACUUUGGAGUGUCUGCCAAAAACAUGAAAACCUUGCAGAAGCGAGACUCCUUCAUUGGGACCCCUUAUUGGAUGGCCCCGGAGGUGGUCAUGUGCGAGACCAUGAAGGACACUCCGUACAACUACAAGGCGGACAUCUGGUCCCUGGGAAUCACGCUGAUUGAAAUGGCCCAGAUCGAGCCGCCCCAUCACGAGCUCAACCCCAUGAGAGUCCUGCUGAAGAUUGCCAAGUCCGAUCCCCCCACGCUCAGCUGCCCUUCCAAAUGGUCCCUGGAUUUCAGAGACUUCCUGAAGACAGCGCUGGACAAGAACCCGGAGACCCGGCCCAGCGCUGCCCAGCUGCUGGAGCAUCCCUUCGUCAGCAAGGUGACCAGCAACCGGGCCCUGCGCGAGCUGGUGGCUGAGGCCAAGGCUGAGGUGAUGGAAGAGAUCGAGGACAGUCGGGACGAAGUGGAAGAAGAUGACUCCUCAGAGUCUGCCUCGCCCCCCGGUAAGCACAAGCGGGACCCCUCUGAGGCAAGUCAGCUGAGUUUUGAUGGGGAGAAGCCUCCGGACUCUUCCUCGUCCAAGGCAGUGAACGGGCCUGUGGGGACUGGCAAGGAGACCGCAGAUGGACAAAGCAAUCAAGUCUCAGAAGAAGGGAUAGGCAGUGACAAUGACAAACUGGAGAGCAACCACUCCACAAAACGGCUUGCCAGCUCUGCCUCUUCUGGCCCAGAGGAUGGGAGAGCCACCUCGGGCACCCAGAGCAAGCCAGACAUCAUCUUGCAGCCCAGACGGCUGGGUAACUCAACAGAGGGGGACAAGCAGCCUGGGCCAGGCAGCAAGGAGCGGAAAAGCAUCGGGGAGCGACCGGAGAGCAGCCACCUGGAGAACUUCACGGAGGAGAAGCUUGCCAACGGGAGCUUGGAUCCCCCGGCAUCAUUUCCCAGCAGCCGGUCCAAAGGGGAUUCGGAUUCUGGCAGCACUUCGGCCUCUGAAAGCAUGGACCUCACCAUCUCCUUGUCUGCUGACCUGUCCCUCAACAGAGAGAGCGGCUCCAUCUCCCUGAAGGACUCCCGGAUGCACAAGAAGACGCUGAAACGCACCCGCAAGUUUGUGGUGGAUGGAGUAGAGGUGAGCGUCACCACCUCAAAGAUCAUCAGUGAGGAUGAGAAGAAGGAUGAAGAGAUGAGAUUUCUGAGGCGCCAGGAGCUGCGGGAGCUGCGUCUCCUUCAGAAGGAGGAGCACCGAAACCAGGCCCAGCUCAACAGCAAACACCAUCUGCAGCUGGAGCAGAUGCUCAGGCGCUUCGAGCAAGAAAUGACGACAAAGAAGAAGUUCUACGACACCGAACUGGAAAACCUCGAACGGCAGCAGAAGCAGCAGAUUGAGAAGAUGGAACAAGAUCACUCGCUGCGCCGGCGGGAGGAAGCCAAGCGCAUUCGCCUGGAACAGGAGCGGGACCAUGUCAAAUUCCUGGAGCAGCUGAAGCAGAUGAAGAAGGAGGUCAAGAACGAGGUUGAGAAGCUGCCACGGCAACAGCGCAAAGGUAACAUGAAGGUGAAGAUGGAUGACUUUGCCCAGAAAAAACAAACCAUGGAACAGGAGUUUUUGGCCAAGCAGAAGGAGGACCUGGAGCUAGCCAUGAAGAAUAUAACCGCCCAGAACAAAAAAGAGAUCUGCGACAAGGAACGCGAGUGCCUGAACAAAAAGCAGCAGCUCAUGAGAGACCGGGAGGCGUGCAUCUGGGAUCUCGAAGAGCAUCAGCAACAGGAGAAACACCAGCUUGUCAAGCAGCAGCUAAAGGACCAGUAUUUCCUCCAGAGGCACGAGUUGCUCCGGAAGCACGAGAAGGAAAGGGAGCAAAUGCAGCGAUACAACCAGCGCAUGUUAGAGCAGCUGAAAAUUCGACAGCAGCAGGAGAAAGCCCGGCUCCCCAAAAUCCAGCGGAGUGAAGGGAAGACGCGCAUGGCCAUGUACAAGAAGAGCCUUCACAUCCACUCCAGCGGGAGCGCAUCCGAGCAGCGGGAGAAGAUAAAACAGUUUGCUCAGCAGGAAGAGAAAAGGCAAAAAGCAGAGCGGCUGCACCAGCAGCAGAAGCACGAGACGCAGAUGAAGGACAUGCAGGCCCAGUGCGAGAGCAACACGAAUGAGCUCCAGCAGCUGCAGAAUGAGAAGUGUCACCUCUUGAUUGAGCAUGAAACCCAGAAGCUUAAGUCCCUGGAUGAGAACCACAACCAGCAUAUGAAGGAGUGGCGGGACAAGCUGAGGCCACGGAAGAAGGCCCUGGAGGACGAGCUGAACCAGAAGAAGCGUGAGCAGGAGAUGUUCUUCAAGCUGAGCGAGGAGGCAGAUGGACAGACCCCAGCAUCCCCAACCAAACAUGCCAAGUUCGUCCCGUUCAGCUCCGCAGAGAGCUUGUAACACCUCGCAGCUGGGCAGGCCACCAGCUGGUACUUGU